AUGUCGGAGCUGACGCUGGUGAACACGUACAAACGCUACAAGGCUGGCACCGAGAAGCUCGUUCGGUGGCUCGUCGAGUCAGCCGACAGCUGCACUGACACUAACACGAUCAGACGACCAUCAAAGAACCGAGUAACGAGAAAGGUACGGACUGUGGAUCUUGUCGACUUUGCGGAACGCGUCGUAGCGGCGAAAGAUCCACUCGUCAAUAUCCCACUCGAGAUCCUGGACAUCACAAAAGAUGCGAUCACGGGGCGCACCUCUUGCGCCGAGUUCUACGCUUCCCUCGCUCUGGGAUCCGACAUUCCAUCCAGUCUGGCUGACUCGAAUGCUACCCAUCAACACUUCCUCAAGGUCCUCAUCCAGGUCUUCGCCAUCUUGCGUAAGGAACACAAGGCCAGGCGCCCGAAGAGGAAGAAGAAGAUGCCGGAGCUUGCUACCGAUACAAACGACUUGGCAAACCUCUACCAGCAUCUCGAAUUGCAGGAGACAACAGAUCUUCCCGAGGGUGAACAAACCAGCACGAAGCGGCCCGCGAAGAAAGCUAAAGCAGCCCCAUCGAAGCAACACACAGAUGGCAUCAGUCUCGAUAAUGAGCACGAGGAGAUGAUGUUUGCCAUCUGGGCGCUUCUGAAAGACCUGGCAGACCUGCGGUCAUUGGUACGCGACGUCUUUGCACAGUUCAAAUCUGGCGAGGUCAGCUGGCGUACCACUUGCCAGGCAGCUAGUAAUGCUAUGCACAUGGGUGGUCUGUUGGGCUAUGAAUUUGGAGACGCUUACCCAGAGGCUGGCAGCUUUGAUCAGAUCAUAUCGUUACUUGAUAUGAACUGGGUAGAGGAUGUCAUACGCUCGUCUCAGACACAAGGCGGAAGCGUCGAAGCCGAGACGCUCCAAGGGGGGAAAGCCAGUCAAGGCAUGACUGACCAAGCGAGACUACUGAUUGCCGACGGCUGGCUUGCAAUGUCCGACCUGAUGCAUAUGCACUGGGUGUUCGACAAUGGCAAGGACCCUGGAGCUGCCGAAGUACGCAGAACAAUUCUCCCAUGUUCUGCUGACCUCCAUCGACACCCCUUUACAUUCACAUUGCUCGCCAUCGGGGAGGACCUCGCACGGCUGGAGGCCAGACUCCAGGGGUUCAAGAACCAUGCCCAUCCGCUCUUGGACAAGUACACGAUGUCCCUAGUCUGGACACUCAGAUCAGACCGCUUGGACAUUGGAGUCGUGGCUGCAACUGGCAUUUAUUGUGACAUCUACGAUGCGCUCCAAGGCGAUCUCGGCUAUUCUUUACGAGAAGUUGCACCGCGACUGACUAGCCGAGCACAAAACACUCUCGCGACCAUUAAGGCCUUCUCCAGUGCCGCAGAUGACUACAUUAAGGCGCACAUAGCCCAGGGACUAGAGGACCUGUUCGAGGAACAAGGCGACAUGUUCAAGAGCGAAGACCUGGAUGACGGAACUUCUGGGUGGGGGUGCUGGUGCUGGACCGAUCGCGAGAAUUGUAAAAAAGCCAAGGUUUUUAUACCAUUCACGCUUCUGGCCGCCUUGCCGGUCUUGCCAGCUCACAUUCUCGAUGAGACCUCUCCCAACGUACAAGCUCUCAGCGGCAUGUUUUGUUCCAAUUUGCAUAUUGUCCUUGCAGCGCUAUACCUCCAUCGAGCAGGGCAACUCUCCGGUGCUCUCACAAAGCGAUGGCCAGAGAUGGAAGCAGUGAUAGCUGGACAAGACAUGCUCGAAAAGCCAAUGUUGAGGCCGGGCAACGGGACCGUCAUGCUGCUGGCAAAGCAGUACAGUCUUGCGUUGGGCUUGAGUCUUGGCCAAGUCGCUGGGGCAUCUAAGCCGCACCUAACAUCAAGAGCGGCUCACAAGUUCUUCCCGCCGAUGGAAGCAUUCUCUUUGAAGGCGAAGAGUCACACCAAGACCAUGAAUACCAUCAAGAGGCUGAACUUCGAGCCAUACGUGGGAUCAGCGUUGCUGUAUGAUUGCGUCCGUCUCUACGCUUCGCUAGGGUCAGGCAUCAAGGAUCAGACUAUUGCUCAGCAAUGGAAAGACACCAAGCGUCUGUCGCCGAUGCAGUUACACGCGGUACUGCAAGAGGUCGCUCGAGCAGAGGAGCCAUACGUUGACUUCAGUUAUGUGGCGUUCUCGCUCGACUGUCUAUCUUUCCUGGCGCCUGCGACACGUGAGUACAUGAUCACAGCCGGGGAGUAUGUUCCGAAGAGGCCAUUGUUCGAGAUCACUCACGACGUUCUGUGGGAUGCUGGUCAUGCCGAGCUGCGGGUGCAAGGCAAGAAACGCACGAGCUUGGCGGUCGCCAUUCCGGAGCUCAAUGACCUAAUCGAAUGCUUGCAGAGCCAGGUCAGGCAUGCAGACUGGAGCACAACGCGACAUCAACCUUCAGUGGCUUCUGCCGCACGUGAGCUCACAGCUGUCCACGAUGCGCCGACGUCCAGCGUUCCUCCGGCUUGGAGGAUCGACUGGACGAAGCAGAAAAGGCGUACCACAGAAAGCUCACUCAUUUCCGCGCAGUCUUGGUCUGCAUGUUCGACGAAGCUUUGA